UCAACUUCCGGCAGGUGGUCGACGAAAGCCGGGCGUAAAAAGAAAGAGAGGAGGAUUUGAAAUAGUAAAGAAAGAGAGUCGGGAGACCACCGCCGGCCAUUGACGCGGAGGGAGGAGAGCCGCAGAUAUGCCCCCGAAAGAGGUUUUCAAGCGCAGGCAGAGCCAGCCUACACUUAAACCUUCCAAAUCAACUAUAAGGAGACGGGAUGACGAAGGCGGUGCUGAAGUGGAAGGAGGGCCAGAUGAAUGGGCACAGGCCAAGACAUUAAUCAAGCCCCCAGACCAGCUGGAGCUGACAGAUGCUGAAUUGAAAGAAGAGAUCACUCGCAUUCUGACAGCCAAUAAUCCUCAUGCUCCUCAGAAUAUUGUCAGAUACAGUUUUAAAGAGAGAUCCUACAAGCAGACUACUGUGGUGGAACAGAUGGCCACGCACUUCACUCUCUAUGGGAACCUGAUAUUCAGAGAUUCGGAUGAGGGUCGGAGGCAGAGCAUGAAGCAGAGUCUGACUGUUGCUGUGGUUCCUGUCUCAUCUGCUGUGGUGGACUUUGAGGCCCUGGAUGAAGAGCUUAAGGAAGAAGAGCAGCCGGAAGGGGAAGGAGGAGAAGGGGAAGGAGAAGGAGAAAAAACAGAUCAGCCGGCUGCAGCCCAGGAAGAGAAAGAAGAAGAAUAUCGUCCCCGUCUGGUGGGUGAACGGAAGCUCACCAACCAGUUCAACUUCAGCGAGAGAGCCUCCCAGACGUACAACAACCCUGUGAGGGACAGGGCAUGUCAGAUGGAGCCCCCGCCGAGAGCUACCUUCUCUGACACUGCCAACCAGUGGGAAAUCUACGAUGCCUAUGUGGAGGAGCUCCAGAAACUGGAAAAGUCAAAAGAGAAAGAGAAACAAAAGGCCCCAGUUGCAAAGAAAGAAGACAAGAUGCGGGGAAGAAAACUGACGUCACUGGAAUCUCAGAGUGAUGACGUCACCAAGGUGACAAAGGCAGCAAAGAUCGUGGAGCGGAUGGUCAACCAGAACACCUAUGACGACAUUGCCCAAGAUUUCAAAUACUUCGAAGACACGUCUGAUGAAUACAGAGAUAACCUGGGGACCCUCCUUCCACUGUGGAAGUUUCAGUAUGAUAAAGCCAAGAGACUGGCAGUCACUGCCCUCUGCUGGAACCCCAAGUACAAGGAUUUGUUUAUCGUGGGACACGGCUCAUACGACUUUGUGAAGCAGAGCCGAGGGAUGCUCUUGCUGUACACCUUGAAGAACCCCUCUUUCCCGGAGUACAUCUUCAACAGCGAGAGCGGCAUCAUGUGCCUCGACAUCCACGUGGACCACCCCUACCUUAUUGUGGUGGGUUUCUACGAUGGCAACGUGGCCAUCUACAACCUGAAGAAGCCCGCCAGCUCCCAGCCUGGCUACAAGAGCACCGCCAAGUCUGGCAAGCACACCGACCCCGUGUGGCAGGUCAAGUGGCAGAAAGAUGACAUGGACAACAACUUGAACUUCUUCUCCGUCUCUUCCGAUGGGCGCAUUGUGUCCUGGACUCUGGUUAAGAACGAGCUGGUUCAUACAGACGUCAUCAAGCUUCUGGUGGAAGGGACCACCGUGGAAGGGCCAGAGGGCCUGCAGCUGCAGACUUUUGGCUGCGGGACUUCAUUUGACUUUCACAAGAAGAUUGAUUAUUUGUUCCUUGUGGGUACAGAAGAAGGCAAAAUCUACAAAUGUUCGAAGUCCUACUCGACGCAAUUCCUGGACAUCUUUCAUGCCCACCAUAUGGCCGUCGAUGCCGUGAGCUGGAACCCGUUCCACGGCAAGGUCUUCAUUUCCUGCAGCUCAGACUGGACAGUGAAGAUCUGGGACCACAACAUAAAGACUCCCAUGUUCAUCUACGACCUCAAUUCUGCUGUUGGAGAUGUUGCUUGGGCUCCAUAUUCCUCCACCGUCUUUGCUGCGGUUACCACUGACGGGAAGGCCCACGUCUUCGACCUGAGCGUCAACAAAUACGAACCCAUCUGCAACCAGCCAGUGGUGGCCAAGAAAAGGAACAAGAUCACCCAUGUUCAGUUCAACGCCAUCUACCCCAUCAUCAUAAUCGGGGAUGACCGUGGGCACGUCACCUGCCUGAAGCUUUCUCCCAACCUCCGCAAGAUGCCAAAGGAGAAGAAAGGCCAGGAGGUCCAGAAAGGCCCAGAAGUGGAGAUUGCAAAGCUGGACAAGCUGCUGAAUCUGGUGAGGGAGCCGGUGGCCAAAACCAGCAAGUGAAGCCUGGCCAGUGUGCGCCCCUCCCUGUCUCCGCUCUCCCUCCCUGCGUGCAACUCGGAAGCUCUGCACUCCAGGAACAAGCACCCCUUUGUAAGGGCCCUGGCCCUGCGCAGACAGCUGCACCGAAGCAUUUUUGUUCUGGCACAAAAGAAGAUUCGGUUUUGGUUUUGCAUACAGAAAAAUAAAAGCUGAGGCUCGACAGCUGUGCAGAGAGCAUGCAGGGCGACUCUCGUCCAGCCGCACAUCAGGA